UUUGUGAAGAUGCCCAACUGUUGUAUUUUUUACCAUAAACGAUAAUAAAUCUUUUUAAACAGUGCUCAUCGAUCAUCAACAUGUCUGCUAAAAGAAAGAAUCAAUCAGAUCGGCAGGAUCAAGUCUUGAAAGUUGCAAAAACAGCAGUAGUGUCGACUGCACCUAUGAGUGCUAUUGCAGCAAGACAAGCUGCAAUGAAAAGUGGAUUGUACAAACCUGAGGUUGAGGUAGAAGAGGAGGAAGUUAUCAUCAUCAACAGUACAUCUGACGAAUUAUCUGAUUCAGAAGGUGUUGAAUUAAAGAGUUAUACAGGCGAGGAAGAGGAUAACGAUGAAGACGACCACAUCAUAACUCCUCUUAGUGGAAAUACGACACCCUCUGUAUCAAUGACUCCUGACCAAGCCUCACCGUUGAUGCCAUCUAGAUCAAGAAAAAUACCUCCCUUGUUGGAUUUCAAUUCAGUGAGUCGAUAUGUACCCACCAAUGACAAUACCUGCACUAUAGAGUACGAUGGCAGACGUUAUUUAUUUGUCGGAUUAAAAAGGGAAGAAUACAUCACAUUUAUGGGACAGGUCCUUGUUGCACCGUUAUAUGGAGCUAUUUCAAUUGCGGGAGCUGUAAUUUCAUCGAAAAGAGAGAUACCUUCACCAAGUGAAAGAAGAAAUGAUAUCGACCUAUCUGUAGCUUUUUACCCAGUUUAUUCACCCCGUACACAUUCAGUACUCAGUAUACAUUCCGAAUCACUUGACGCACCUUCUAUAUUAGAAUCAUCAGAUAUUUCAUUAGAUUUAAGUAAAGAGUUGAUGGAAGCAGUAUUGGACGAUUUCAAAAAUGAUUUGAACAAGUUCGAAUCUGUAAUUAUUCUACGUGAUCUAGACAGCGAAAACAGCAUUGAAGAUUUACGCAAUUGUGUGCCUUGUUCCACCAAAAAUUUGAUCCGAUUUAUGAAAAACGAAUUACCAUCUCAGCAGGGCAAGAUCAACGACAACAACAGCAACGCCAUAGCAGCUGCACGUCUCACCAAUGUAUUCCAUGGCUCUACUGUAAAAGAUAUAAUUUUGGAUGGUUUCCACGCUAUAUUGAAACUACCGAUACCCGGCAUCAAAGCCUUCAAAAUUGAGUCAAGCUGGGAAAUCCAAGCCAAUCAAUCCAUACAGGCUGCCAUGGAGCAGGAGCGCCCUCCUGUGAGUGUCAUUUGCGGCGCUAAGGACAUGGGCAAAUCCUCUUUUGCCCGAUAUUACAUCAAUCGCCUUUUAUCCAGAUACAAACGCGUAGCUUACAUUGAAACUGAUGUUGGACAAAGUGAAUUCACACCGGCCGGAUUAUUGUCAUUACACUACAUAACACAGCCUAUUUUAGGUCCUCCUUAUACACAUCAGCAUCUAGAGCCAGAACGAAGCUUCUUUUUCGGGUCUACUUCUUGCCGUCAUGAUCCUGACUAUUACUUGGCUUGUAUAUUCGAACUUGUUGACCAUUGGAAACAUGAUCACGAACAAUACCUCAAGUCAGGUGAGGACAAACAAGAAGGUUUUACCCCUCUUAUUGUGAAUACACAAGGUUGGAUAUCUGGCGAGGGAUAUAAUUUACUUGUCAGUCAAAUACAAAAAAUACGCCCUACCGACAUCUUUGCCAUGCGUCAUCAUAUGUUAAGCUACCGUAACUUGCCACCGACUUUUGAAAUGGACAUUCUAUCUCAGAACAGUCAUGCGCCUGUAUCCACCAUUCAUGGAUAUGGUAAAACACCCGCUCUUCGUUAUCUAGAUUGUGUAUUACGGGACCCGAAUACAACUACUACCUUGGCGGAUAAUUUUACUGCUACCCAUUUACGGGAGAUGGCAUUAGGAUCCUAUUUCCAACAAACGACCAUGACAAAUGCUGUUAUGUCAGAAUGGGACUUUCAGGAACAUAUUGUGCAUCGUGUGCCGUGGGUCGUUGAUUGGCGACGAAAUUUGAAUGAAGUAUGGGUACUCUACGAAGAAGUGAAACACAAUGAAUUACUCUAUGCAUUAAAUGGAAGCUUGGUGGGGUUGAUGGGUGACAUGAGGGAUUAUCAACCUUUACCAGGACCCACCAACAAUGUGUCAACGGAGGAUGACAGCUUUAGUCCUCCCAAUUACUGCCAUACAGGAGAUCAACCAGCACCAAAUCCUCGUGAGAAAACAUGCUAUGGCUUAGCUAUUGUUCGAGCGGUCGAUCCUGCGCGCCAUGCAUUCUUAUUAGUCACACCCGUACCGGGGAACACUCUGAAAAAGGUGACAAGUAUUGUAAAAGGCGAAAUGCAGCUACCGUUGUGGGCUAUGCUGGAUCGUCGACAAGAAAAAGGAACAGGUGUAGCGAAUGUCGUAUGGAAGAAGGUACCUUAUAUAACCCAGGAACAUACUGAAGGCGCGGGCGCAAAUGCACUUAGAGUGAGGCGUAAUUUAUUGCGUAAAGUACAGUCUUGAUAGUGCCAUACAACGUCUAUCAAUAAAUUAAUGUACAUAGUCAAAUUUUUCAGUAUCAAAAUAUGGGCUAACCAUCGUUUGGAAAGGGGAAAAGGUCAAAUGCUGCUAUGUAGGAACAGUAUUAUUGUCAGGCAUGGUUUGUGCGACGACAAACAAUAAUGUAUCGAGGAACAGGAUAACCUUGACCUUUUGUUUCAUUUGAUAUAAAUGAACCAAAAUAAUCCAUUCUUUAUUGCAAUCUGAGAAAAAU